ACGACGUCGAGGAGCUAUCGAUACCAAAAUGAUUUUACUUGAACCAGAGAACGUUAUCAUAAAGAAAGUCGUCAAUGAGAAACUACAAAAACCGACAUCUUUAGACCAGACAUUUGUGGAUUUUGAUGGUGUACGAUACCACAUGUGGACACCAAACAGCAAAUCUAAAAAUGAGAUCAUCUUGUCGAUGUCCGUCGCUUGCUGGUCAGAGUUGGAAGCAUACGGUGCAUUCCAGGUUUUGCAGCAACAUUACGGCUCAGAUGUGCAGAAGGGUGUUGAGCCGGGUUACGAUGUAUCAAUAUCAGUCGAUUUGAACACAAUCCCACAAGAUUUGGAGCAGCGCAAUCAAUAUAUCAAUAAUUUGUCUUUACUCAAGAGAAAUGCAAUGAGCGCACCUUUCUUACAAGCAUUUCAAACACAAAAGCAACUCGAAGGUACCGAUAUCCCAACCGAUGGUUCUCCAAUUCCUCAAGGUCCACUUUUGGAACUCCAUUACAGAAAUCAAGAAGCUAUUUACAUUCAAGCAGGUAUUGAUAGAGUAACCGUUAUUUUUUCCACUGUAUUCCAGGAGGAAACUGAUAAGAUAUUUGGUAGAGUCUUCUUACAAGAGUUCGUUGAUGCCAGAAAGUUACCUUCAAUACAGACCGCUCCUCAAGUUCUUUACUCAACGAGAGAACCACCACUCGAAAUUCGUCACUUACCAAACCUUAUUAAAUCUGAUGACGUUGGUUAUGUCACAUUUGUCCUUUUCCCACGUCAUUUUGCAAAUGAGCAUAUUGCUGCAUCAACUAUUUCACGUAUCCAAUUGUUCAGAAACUAUCUUCACUAUCACAUUAAAUGCUCAAAAGCAUAUAUGCACUCUAGAAUGCGUACGAGAGUUGCAGACUUCUUAAAGAUCCUUAAUAGAGCUAAAUUGGAUAAGAAUGAAUCUGAACGUAAAACAAUAACUGGACGUACUUUUAGAUCACGUUAGAUUGAUCGAUAAAUUCGUUCUUCGCUUGUAGUAUAACUUUACCUAUCAUGAAUUUCAUGAAUUU